AUGGCUACCGAAGACGUAGAGAAGGCAAUUGUUACUAUGGACACACCAGCGGUGGACAGCGACUCGCAAGACGAUCAGAUCCACGAGUUCAAAGAAUCGGUGGGAUAUGAAGUCGACGUCGAUAACGCAAAGGGAGACGGCACCGUCAAACUCGCCAGAGACGGCCGGACGCGAUUGAUCCCUCAACCAAGUGAUGACUCCGUCGAUCCGUUGAACUGGGCUCAGAAAAAGAAGAAUUUGGUCCUGUUUAUUGUUGCUUUCGCCGCGCUUUUGCCUGAUUAUGGCUCCGCUACGGGCGCUGUUACUCUGAUUCCGCAAGCUGAACAGUGGAACAUGACCGAGGAUGAGGUGAACCAUUCUCAGGCCGGAAAUGUCUUUAUGCUGGGAGCCGGCGGCAUCUUUGUCGUGGUCUUCAGCGCUUACUUCGGCCGCUUGCCCGUGAUGUUCUAUUUUCUUGUGAUCGCGCUCGCUACGGCUGCUUGGUGCGCUGGCGCCACGAACUUCGAGUCCUUUGAGACCGCGCGGAUCUUGAAUGGAUUCUUCUCGACUGUGUCGCAAGUGAACGGCUUGAUAUUCAUCCAGGAUAUGUUCUUCUUCCACGAACGUGCGCGGAAGAUCAACCUUUGGGCAUCAUUUUUCGUUCUGAGUCCUUAUCUUGGCCCGUUGCUUGCUGCUUUCCAGAUCGCAACGAAGCCGUGGCCGACGCCUUUCUGGGUUUAUACCGCCGAGACAGCCCUUGCCGUUGUGCUGACGGUAUUCUUUGUCGAGGAAACCUACUAUGAUCGAAGGAUAAUCUCGUCCGAACAGCCUGAUCGUGGUACACGUCUCACAAGUCUCCUAGGAAUCGCACAAUGGAGGUCUCGCGACCGACGGAACACGUUGCUCCAGGCUUGCAUGCGGCCCGUCCGUGUCAUCUCCAAGCCUACUGUACUGAUAUCUUGUAUCUACUAUUUCCUGACAUUUGCAUGGGUCGUGGGCAUCAAUACGACACUGUCCAUUUUUCUCCAACCCCUCUACGGCUUCGGCCCGAAACAGAUCGGCUUCUUCUACUUCACGCCCAUCGUAGCCGUCAUCAUCGGCGAGGCCGUCGGCCAUUGGCUGCAUGAUAUUUUUGCGAAACAUUACAUCCGAGCCCACAACGGUCGUUUCGAGCCCGAAGUCCGUCUCCGCGCGAUCACGAUUGCUCUUCCUUUUUCAAUCGUGGGCCUCGUGCUACUCGGGCAAAGCCUCGAAAACGGGUGGCAUUUCAUGGUCACCUCCGUGUCGUGGGGUCUCUACGUCUUCAGCACCAUGAUCAUCACCGUCGCCGUGUCGUCGUAUAACCUGGACUGCUAUCCGGAGGCCAGUGGAGAGGUGUCUGCGUGGGUCAACUUCUCGCGCACCAUCGGCGGGUUCGUGGUCAGUUAUUUUCAAGUCACUUGGGCCAACGCGCAGGGGACGAAGGCGAGUUUCGGGAUCCAAGCCUCUGUGUGCGCGGUUGCGUUCCUGCUUGUGCUAUUAUUGAUGUGGAAGGGUAAGGCGAUGAGGCUUUGGUCUGGGCCAUUGCAUUUUGCUACAGCUUGA